UAACACAGUGACAGAAAACAAUACAAUACAGCCCCACAAGGCCACAAUCUCCAGCUUUCCAAACUUAAAAUAAAAAAAUGGUAGAAUCAAAGAAAAGAAAAAGAACUGGCCUUGAUUUCCGCCAUUAAAAUUGAACUUAACAUUCUUCUUCAUUCUCCACCCUUUUUUUUCUUUGAAAAGGGUGAUCAUUUUUCUGGGAUGCUACUUCAUCCACCGGCUACGGCGGCGUUUAUGCUCAUAAUCGUCGCCGUUAUUUUACCGGUGAAUUGUCUUCCGGCUAGUGUUUUACAACUUCACAGAGCUUUUCCACCUAAUGAACGUGUUGAAUUGGACGUUCUUCGGGCCCGAGAUGCGGCGCGUCAUGCCCGAAUCUUGCAAAGUAGUGGCGGCGGUGGAGUUGGUGGUGUUGUGGAUUUUGUUGUUCAAGGAACUUCUGAUCCUUUCCUUGUUGGGUUGUAUUUUACUAGAGUGAAAUUGGGAACACCUCCUAGGGAAUACAAUGUGCAGAUCGACACCGGAAGUGAUAUAUUGUGGGUUACUUGCAAUUCUUGUAGUGAUUGUCCACGUACGAGUGGCCUUGGGGUUGAGCUUCAUUUUUACGAUAACACUGGCUCGUCUACUGCCAACUUAGUUUCUUGUUCGGACCCAAUAUGUACUACAAUGGUUCCAACAUCAUCGUCUCAGUGCUCAGCUGAUACGAAUCCGUGCCGUUACUCGUUCCAAUAUGGUGAUGGAAGUGGGACAUCGGGAUCUUAUAUAUCUGAUAUGUUUUACUUUGAUAUGAUCUUUGGGAACUCUAUGAUUGCUAACUCCUCCGCCUCUAUUGUUUUUGGAUGUAGCACCUAUCAAUCUGGGGAUUUGACCAAGUCAGAUCGUGCUAUUGACGGAAUCUUUGGUUUUGGUCAGCACGGCUUGUCUGUUGUAUCCCAAUUAUCAUCUAGAGGGAUAACACCUCGUUCUUUUUCCCAUUGUUUGAAGGGAGAGGGAAAUGGUGGUGGUAUUCUGGUCCUUGGCGAGAUUUUAGACCCAAGUAUUGUGUAUAGCCCGCUUGUGCCAUCACAGCCUCAUUAUAAUUUGGACCUGCAGAGCAUUUCAGUCAAUGGGCAAUUGUUGUCAAUUGAUCAGUCAGCAUUUGCAACAUCGAACAAUCGGGGAACUAUUGUUGAUUCUGGAACAACUUUGGCAUAUUUGAUUGAAGAAGCUUAUGAUCCUUUUGUUAAAGCGAUAACCGAGAUAGCAGUUUCUCAAUCCACCAAACCUCUUACAUUUAAGGGAAACCAAUGUUACUUGGUUUACGCAAGUUUAAGCAAUAUAUUUCCACCUGUGAGCUUGAACUUUGCCGGCGGUGCAUCUAUGGUUUUGAGACCCGAAGAAUACCUUAUGCAUAUGGGUUAUGUGGAUGGUGCAGCUCUAUGGUGCAUGGGAUUUCAGAAAGUCCAGGACCCAGGAGUCACAAUCUUAGGAGACCUCGUUUUGAAGGAUAAAAUAUUUGUCUAUGAUCUGGCUCGUCAAAGGAUUGGCUGGGCUAAUUACGACUGUUCCAUGUCUGUAAAUGUCUCGGUUACGUUUGGUAGGGAUGAAUUCAUUAAUGCCGGACAGCUGAGUGUGAGCAGCUCAUCGAAAAAUUUUCUUCUUGGGCUUGUUCCUCCUCUCUUUGAGGCUCUUGUUGCACAGAUUAUAGCAUUUCUUAUCUUGUAGCUAACCUUCUUCUAAUUCAGAUUUAUACCCAACCUAAUCUUUUGCUUUGCUAAUCCGUACUACCAUCGAUUGGCACGGCAUGUUAGUUUUGUCUUUGUUCACUCUGUAAUUUCUCCAUUCUACGAAAUCUGAUCUGUUAGGGGCUGAAAUUGAACGAGCGGAGGCAACCGUUUGAAGUGUGAAGCUGUAUCAGAUGUAAAUUAUUCUAUGUAGUGAUAGCUAAUGUGGUAUGUCAGGUGUUUUAGAAUUAGAACAGCAGUUGAAGUAGAAUAGUGUCAUGUUCUUCAAGUUGCACUAGAUUUGUUCUAGAAAGAGGGAACAUAUAUUGUACUAUUCCCUUCUAUUGAUUUAUUUUAAUGUUUUUUCAAAGAAAAAGAUACUAGUACUAGUAUAGUCCAUUGUGGGUUCUGCAGAACCUCUGUUAGAAGUUUUUAAAUCAUAAUUGAAAAUAGGGGUGUCCAUUUGGGUUA